UUUGAAUGUCACUGAUAUGACGGAGCAGCAGAUGCUUCCUCUCUCAACAUGCCGGCAGCGAUGCACCUCACUGUCCUGCUUUCCCUGCUCACAGCGACAGCCUGUGAGCGCAGGGAGCACAGUUUCCUCUACUGUGACGGCUACGAGUGCUUCCCAUGCAACCCAGAGCUUAGCAACGUCAUCCACAGUGAAAACAUCAACCGUCACACCCCAGCUUCAAACGACAACACAGAUGACCACCAGUCUUACUUCAGCUUCACCACAGACUGCCACAGCAGAGAAGACCGGCCCGAGCAGCGCUCCCCUGAACACGACGACCAGCCAAACGUCCAAUCAGACCGUCACUCAGAGCCAGACGACCAGCCAAACGUCCAGCCAAACGUCCAAUCAUACAGUCACUCAGAGCCAGACGGUCCCUCUAACGUCAGAGUCACUGAAUGUCACAGCUGGUACAUCGGGAAACCAAACCAGUUCAGAUCUUUCAGGCAACAAGGAAAAUUACAACUUGGCAGAAAAUCCUGGCCUGGUGGCCGUCAUCUGCAUCUUUACAAUUGUCUUUGGCCUCCUGCUGGUGGUUAUGAUGGUGAAAUGUGUCAAAUCUUCGAGAUCUGACUUUGAGAGGCUCGAAGACGUUCCCAUGGGUAAAGUGAACGAAGCCUCUCCCUUCGCUCAGUACACAAAAUGACAGAAGACUCUUCACUGGACAACAACUCAUCAACAAUUGUUUCUGGGCUGUAAAACCACAACAGUCAGAAGGGACUCUAAGUUUAAAUAUAUAAUUGUAAAUUGCACUUUUGUCAAUGCUAAUGAAAUAUUCGUAGAUUAACUUUGACUUGGUUACUGCUGGUAAUUCAAUAGAUUCAGACGAGGGACUCUUAAUCAAAUAACUCUUACCUCGCUCAGCUCUACAGGCAUGGAACAUGUAGAAUAAUGUAAUCUAAAUGCACUAAAGCCUUUUGGGGAAAAAGAUUUUAUUAUGGCCUCUCGUGGGUUUUUUUCUAGGAUUUCCAUUUAUCUCCAUCCUUCUUUGGUCAUAUGAACUCUGAUCAGUUCCCCUGUGUCUGCUGAAGGCAAACAUUCCCACAUCAUGAUGCAGCCACCACCAAAUCUCACUAAUCAUUUACUAAUUUGAUUACUUCAGUAGUUCACAAUGGAUUUCUACAGGUAUUAGAGUAAAAGUGGCAGAAUAUAAAUGUAUGCCAGACUUUCCACACUUUACUUUGCAAGAUUUUAUUUUUUUGUUUUUUUCCAUUUCUACUUCUGCUCUGUGCUACUUUUUGUCCAUCACAUAAAAUCCCAAUUAAAACAUUGAAGUUUUUGUGGUUGUAAUGUAGCAGAAAGGUAAAUGUUCAAGAAAUAUUUGCAAGGUAUUGUAUAAUACCUGUAUAAAUAGUGAAUUCUGUAACGUGUCUUUUGAGAAUUUAAAGGUAAAAAUAGUGCUACUCCAGUUAUCAUGACUGAAAGAAUAAAGAUGUUUCCAGGUUUUCUGAUUGGUACAAAUCAAGGCCUGUUCUUCCAGGCAAUAAAAAAAAUCUAAUUAUUAAUCUAUGAUAAGAUGCAUGAGUGUUUUGGAAGUUAAUAUCAUAUUAUAUGCAAUGAAAAGUAUAGUUUAUAGCUACUGCUCUUUCCAAAUAACGAAGAAUAUUUAAUAGAAAACUUGUAAAGGCUUUUUAUUACCUCAAACUUCUGUCUUUAUUUUACACCUCUAAAUAAAUCCCAUUUAAUGUCU